AUGGUUCCUUUAGGUUGGGCUGGCGGCACGGUGGGUCUAAUUUUAACAGGAGCUAUUUCACUGUAUGCAAACACUCUGAUUGCUCGCCUUCACGAGGUCGGGGGAAAGAGGCAUAUCAGGUACAGAGACUUGGCUGGCCACAUCUAUGGUAAGUACUCUUUCCAAUCUCCAGACGUAUUUCACACCAUCACAUGUGAAAAUAAUUUAUUUAACUUUAUUUUUAUUAUGACAUUAUUCAAAAAAGAUUCUGAGCAUCCAUCUUUGCCCCAAUUAUUUUUUUUUUCUCCCGAGCCAGCAUUUAAUUUACAUACGAAUUUUACUUCUUAUUGAGUACAGGCAAGAGAAUGUAUUUCAUUACGUGGGCGCUGCAAUUCCUAAAUCUUUUUAUGUUCAACACUGGAUACCUGAUCUUGGCUGGACAAGCUUUAAAGGUUUGAUGUGAUGUUUUUCACACGUAUAUGAUCCAGUUUACUUUUAAUCCAUUGAUCUUCAUUUUUAUGCAGUAAGCACGAAAAUCCUUCUUUUUAAUAUAGUUUUUUUGUCGAUCAAAGUGCCCUUGUAUUUCAUUUAUUUGCAUAGUGUUUGUCCACAUCCAUUUUGUCUGACUUUCCCUGAUUGGCCGAUCCAUGUGUUUUGAUGAAAGACUACUUGUUACACGGCUAUACACGUUAUCCCUUUGAGUGAGUAAAUACACCACAUUUUUCCACCACUGACGUUUCAGUGGAUCGGCCAAUCCUAGGGUUUCUUCUUAUUAAUAUUUUAGAAGGUCACUAUCCUAGGGUCUGUUUAUAUAGCCUCUUGACCAAAAAAUAUUCACUCAAACGUCCUUCCAUAUUUUAUUAGUAGCCGACCCUCUAUGUUAGCUCUCUUCGUGCAUUUUUCUCAUUUUAUUAUAGAACAUUGCAUUUCUGGUCGCUGCAUAUAAGCUCUCUCCGUCUCUUCCUCUUAACCUGAAAACAAUGAUUCCCCCUAUCUUAGGGAACGGAAAAUCCUUCAGCCAUCACUUCUACGUUUGACCUGGGCUAAUCAAUGCCCUCUAUGGAGAAUCAAAUGCUUUUCUUCAGAGGAUAUUUUUCCGCAAUCAGCUCUAUUACUUGUUUAUUAUCUCUAUCUUAAAACUUCUGGAAAUUUUCUUCGCGGCGCAGGCAGUAUAUGUUCUCUACCGCGACGAUGGAGCCUUGAAGCUUCCGUACUGCAUUGCGAUUGCUGGUGUCGUCAGCGCUCUAUUCGCUUUCGGGAUUCCUCAUUUGUCAGCUCUUAGAAUCUGGCUGGGCUUUUCCACGUUCUUCACUCUCAUCUACGUAAUCGCGGCACUCGUGCUAUCAAUUAAAGACGGUAACCACCAUGCCCGCUCCCAUGUUUUUUGUUGGUCUGGUUAUGAUCACUCCUCAAUUCCACCCCCCCACCCCGUGAAAAGCCCUAGCAUCUGUUUCUGCUGCAGGAACCAACGCCUCGGCCCGGGACUACAGCAUCCCGGGAUCAAAGAUGAACAGGAUCUUCGGCAUCAUCGGUUCCAUGGGCACCCUCGUCUCCCUCGGCAACACAGGCAUUCUGCCGGAGAUACAGGUUACGAACGAAGCUCCCCCAUCUAUGAUCUACAUAUAGUGCGCUCACCGCGUUUUCACCAAUCAUCUGGUUCUUUCACACGCAGGCCACCCUGAGGCCUCCUGCUAUCAGGAACAUGGAGAAGGCGUUGCGGCUUCAGUUCACUGCCGGCAUGUUGCCUCUGUACGCCGUCGCCUUCACGGGCUACUGGGCAUACGGGUCUUCGACAUCGAUCUAUCUCCUCAACAGCGUCAACGGCCCGGUCUGGGUCCUGACGCUGGCUAACAUCGCCGCAUUUCUUCAGACAAUCGUCUCCCUCCACGUACCUCUCCUCUCCUCUUCAAUAUCGGCCUCGGUUUUUCGAAAUUUAAUCUGUAGCUCAGCAUCUUGCUCUGAACUGUACGCAGAUCUUCGCCAGCCCAAUGUACGAGUACAUCGACACGAGGUACGGGAUGGACAAAGGCAACGCCUUUUCUUUCCACAGUCUCUUGUUCAGAGUGGGCGUGAGAGGAGGCUACCUGGCCAUAAACACGCUGGUGGCCGCCCUGCUGCCGUUCCUGGGGGAUUUCAUGAGCCUCAUCGGCGCCUUCUGCAGCUUCCCCGUCACCUUCGUCCUGGCCAACCACAUGUAUCUGACGGCGAAGAAAAGCAAGAUCUCAGUGCCGCAACGUGCAUGGCACUGGUUGAACGUCGUCGGCUUCAGCUGCCUUGCUGUCGCUUCCGCAGUGGCGGCCCUCAGAUUCAUCGUCCUCCACUCCAAAACUUACAACGUAUUUGCAGAUCUGUGA